AUGAGACCAGUUGGGUGCCAACAGCAGUGCGAUGCCGACGAGGGAGAGGGGCCCCUCCGAAAGCCGCAGGAGGAGGAAGGCCAGCAGCGCUGUGAGAUGCGGUUCCUGCUGCCGCUCCCGGGUGAGAAGCCUUUCAAGUGCGAGUUUGAGGGCUGCGACAGGCGCUUCGCCAACAGCAGCGACAGGAAGAAACACAUGCACGUCCACACCUCGGACAAGCCCUACAUCUGCAAGGUGUGCGACAAAUCCUACACCCACCCCAGCUCACUUAGGAAACACAUGAAGGUGCACGAAUCCCAGGGGUCGGACUCUUCCCCUGCAGCCAGUUCAGGAUACGAGUCCUCCACCCCCCCUGCGGUGGGCUCCGCCGGCAGUAAGGACUCCACUAAAACGCCGCCGGCCGCCCUCCAGAGUAACCCCGGCCACAACCCUGGACUGCCCCCCAAUUUUAAUGAGUGGUAUGUGUGAAGGCAGCUGCUGCCCAGCCAGAGACUGGACCAAAUGCGUUGGGAACAAGGAAAAAAAAGGACAAACCAAGCCAACUGCAGCUCGCUCCCACGGAAAUGGAGUUUCCAACACCGACGACCGCAUAGGGCUAGGGCUACCCCUAGUUAACUUCCAGGAUCUUGAGGGGGGGGGGGGAUGUCUUUUAUUAUUAUAUUAUAAUUAUUACUAUUUUUUGCAAGCCCAGACGCUGGACUAGCCAUGUCCUUUUCUCAGGAUUGGAUUUCUUUUUUUUUUUGUUGUCAUUUUCUGCAGUCGCAGUCGUUUCGAUAUUUUUUUUCCCCCCCUCCCUGCCCCAGUCCCUCUUCCGCCGAUUCCCC